AUUCCCUGGGCUUAAUAAUAUUAAUAAAAUUAUCAACGAAUCAUGUACGCAAUCACGUGACAAAUAUUAACUGUAUAUCUAUAUAUACAGCAGAGAUUGUGCAUUUAUACAGCACAACGACCCAUAAAUACAGCCGGGAGAUGACGUCAUCAUCACCGUCUCCAAGAGCCUCGAUGCUUCUGUACUGGAACGAGAACCAGUACGACGACCGGAACUUCCAGAUUCACGGCCGGACAGUAUUCUUCGUCGUGGCUCUGUUCUCCGUCCUCCUCUUCUUCGCCUUGCUCACUCUCUACAUCCACCGGAGCUGCCUCCUUCGCGAUCUCACCGACUUCCACGCGCCGUCUCCUCCGUUUACGCCGUACGUUAGCGGAGGUCUCGAUCCGGCGGCGAUUCGGAGUUUACCGGUUGUGCUGUGCCGGAGGGAGGCGGAGGAGGAAGAGAGGGAGUGUUGUAUAUGCCUCGGUGGUUUAGAAGAUGGAGAGAAGAUGAAAGUGCUUCCUCUGUGUCGCCAUUGUUACCACUGCGAAUGCGUGGACCGGUGGCUUAUGACCGAGUCGAGUUGUCCGCUGUGCCGAGUCUCGAUCAGAGUCGACUCGUCCAUCCUGUUGCCAGUAAAUGAGACUGAAACGACGACGUGUUGAGUGAUGGUGAUUUUAAGAUAUUUGUAGUUUUGGUUUUGUCAUGGGGUUGAGUCAAGAUAUUUUGAAAAUACAGACAGGAAUAGCAAUGGUUAUAGUUUAUUUGAAAAAAAAAAGAUUUUUUUUUAUCUAAAUGUCUUUUUUUUUUUGAACUACCUUUUUAUGUAAAUGUCUAUAUCAAGUGAUUGUCAAGUUCUUAUCA